CAAACAAGGAUUAGAGUGAGGCACUACCCUAUGAGUGUGUGUCUCUAUUGAAUGGGGCUUUUGUUAUGUUCAGUAGUCUGAUGGUAAAGAUGAGCCUGUAGUUGUGGUGGGGUGGGCUGGAAGGAUGAAGGAAUAGCCUUGUCCAAUAAGCCCCGAAUCUGGGUUAAUAAGUGUGGGCUGAUCUGGAGUGACUAUCGUCUAUCUGUGGAGCUAGAAGCCUUGCUUUCUCUAUUGUCAGCCGGGUUUGCUGUUGACCCUCUCCUUUGGGGGAAAAGGGAGGUGGUGGCCGGGAUGAGGUCACUUUUCCAAAACAUGGCUCCUGCCAUGUAGCCAGCAGCCCUCGGCCAGAACACUUCCUGUUGAAAAGCAGCGCUGAAAAAGUAUUCUUCAGUGUUAGAAUUAUGGUGAAUGCCGGGGAAACAGCCACCUCAGUGAUGACGGUAAUGGUUGUGAGUAGAUUCUCUGGGGGCUUCUGCUGAAAGGUGUCAGUCCACAACCAUGACUCAGUCUGUGCAGGUCAACCCAAAGCUACCUGAUCUGGGCGCACCGUUUCUAUACUCCAGUCGGGAAGAGGCGGAUCAACAGGGCUCUUAUUCGGUCCAGACACCGUAUGGCUUCCAGCUAGACCUGGACUUCCUCAAGUAUGUGGAGGAAAUAGAAAGCGGCCACCACGUCCGACGGGCACCCGUAAACUCCCGCAGGUCAUCCCGGGGGGUCAAAGUCUCCCAGCGGAGCCCGAGUGUGGGGGGACGCGCCAGCGGCUGGACCUCCACAGAGUCCCUCUCCUCGCCCGCCAGCGAAGAUGGUCGAGUGCCCCCUCCCCCGCCCCCACGGAAUCGCAUUGGCUCUGCUCCCAGUGAGGGGCAACCCCUGUCCUCGCUAUCUGUCCUCAGCCCUCCUCUCUCUGCCGGCGCCAAAGUGCCACCACCACCUCCACUACGUAACUCCAGAGUAGAGAGGACCCUCCUGGAGACCAGCCUGAGACUGCAGCAGGAGCAGAGCCAUCAGCACCAAAAUGGCACCCGUUUCCAGCUCUCAGACCCACCAAAGAAAAACCCCAGGACUGCCCCUACCCAUGUCACCCCAGCUAGUGCAGCAGCCAGCGUGGAUGGACAGCUCUUGCACCUGUCCUCUGCCUCUCCCAGCCCAUCUCAGAGUAGCCUGCACAGACCCAGUCCCCACACCUCCGGUAAGAGCACCCCGGCCUCUAGCACCGGAAUGACUACUCUGCCCCCCAGCCAAUUGCAGACGGUGAGAGAACAGAUGGCCACUGCCCUGAAGCAACUGAAGGAGAUGGAGGAGCGAGUGAAGGGUGUCCCAGUGCUGGAAAGAGAGGUGGCCAAGCUACAGGCUGAAAAAGACAUGCUCCUACUGGCACUGCAGGAGAAGAAGACCUUGGUGGCCCAACAACAGGCUACAACAGUAGUCAGCAGUACUAAUACCACAACGUUGGACGCAGGCACACGGAGUCAGGAACGUCCUAUUUUAUCCCCUAAGAGUCCCAGAUGUCCAAAGAGUCCCAGUAAAUUAGGGGACCUCAGAAAGCUGACAGAGAAGUUCGAAGGCAAGACAGAAAAAGAUGGAGCACGUUCUGAGAAAGUUCCGGAAAAGGUUGUGGAGAAGAAGUCUGUGGCCAUCGGGGACGACAUGUUGCUGGAUGCUGGGGUCUUCUACUACAGCCUGGGCACCAAGGACGCCUCAGAGGGCACACUGCAGAUGGACGUCUGCGAGAAAGGAAUGGCCACGGAGGCGCCGGCCAUCCGCGAGGAGGGGGUGCAGGCUGUAGUGGAGACAGAGGAGGCCUCAGUUUCGGUGAUGGAAUCCCAGCUGGGCCUAAGCAGCGAUGCCCAGAGGGAGAUCGACAACCUACAGGACAACAUCAAGUUCCAGCAGGAGUCCAUCUCGGUUCUGGAGGGGCGACUUGGCCAGGCUGACGAGGUCCUGGCAGUGCUCAAAGCCCAGGAGAAUGAAAGGAAGUCCAAGGCAACGUCCGAAAAGGGGGUCCUUGUCAAACCAGACUCUGCCCAUGCCCAAGUGGGGACUGAAGCCUCUACAAUGUCCGCACCAGCUUCACAGAAUGUCGCAGUCUCCUGUUGUCCUGAGGUGGUUGACGCAUGUGUAGGUGAUGAUUUAGGAGCCAGAUAUUAUGACCAGAGCACUCAGACUGACUCUGUGGAGAUCCCUGCAGAAGCGGAAUCAACCCCAGUAGUACUGGUCAGCACUGGAAGUCAAUGGGAGAAUCUGUACAUGGAGGAGGACAUAGAGCAGAAAGCUCCAGUCACUGCGCUGAAGAGGAGACAGACGACCAUCGCGGAGUACAAGGUCAACCCUGGCAAGGAGACGGUCAGUUUACCCAAAGGAAAGGGAGUGAAAGAGGAGGAAAUGGCGCCCAGCACUCCAACAACUGCAACAACGGUUGGAAGUAUGUUGAAAUCAAUCAUGAAGAAGAAGGAUGGGAGUAGUUCCAGUGAAUCACGCAGCAGCGGCAAGAAAAGCUUGCAGUUUGUUGGCAUUCUCAACGGGGGGUAUGAGUCGACAUCUAGUGAAGAGGAGGAGGAUGAUGAUGAGGAAGAGGGGAGUUCCUCAGGUGGCAGUGAAGUAGGUGAUUGCUCAGACGGUAGUGAUGAUGAAGAUGCAGCGGCCGCUCUGGAGGAGACCUCCGAUGAGGAGAGGAGCAUGAAUAUGGAUGACACCGAUAGUGAUGAUGUGGCCUUAGCAGCAGGGACUGGAGCCACUGAGGAGAUUCCAGAAAAAGUGAAAGAGAAGUUUGAGCUGAGUGCAAAAAUGCGUGAAGCUUGUCUCAUUUUGAAGAACCAUCUGAAUGAUGAUGUCAAAACACUGAAGAGUAAAGAAGUGAUCUCCAGCACUCACACUGUGCAGCUGGAAUGGUUCCGCAUCUCCAGUGCCAAGCUGGCCCAGCAACCCCGUGUCUCAGACUACCUGAUGGCCUUCACAGAAGUCUCCUCUGCCUUGCUGGCCCACGUCGUCAACAUUACCGAUGGCAAUGGCAACACAGCCUUGCACUACAGCGUCUCCCACUCCAACUUCACCGUGGUGGGGCUACUGCUGGACACAGGCAUGUGUUGUGUAGAUAAGCAGAACAAGGCAGGCUACACUGCGAUCAUGCUGGCGGCCCUCUCAGCUGUGAAAGAGGAGGAUGACAUGGUGGUGGUCAGGAAGCUCUUCAGUCAGGGCAACGUCAACGCCAAGGCCAGCCAGGCUGGCCAGACGGGGCUGAUGCUAGCUGUUAGCCAUGGACGGCAGGAGAUGGUGCGGGCAUUGCUGGACUGCGGGGCUGACGUGAACGUGCAGGAUGAUGAGGGCUCCACGGCGCUCAUGUGCGCCAGCGAGCACGGCCGCGCCGAGAUUGUCUCGCUGCUCCUGGACCAGCCGGGCUGUGACAUCUCCAUUGUGGACAAUGAUGGCAGUAAUGCUCUGUCCAUCGCCCUGGAGGCCUCUCACAAUGACACAGCUGUGCUGCUUUACGCCCACAUGAACUACGCCAAAGCCCAGACAGCUGGGACAACCAAGACUCGAAGCCCCACUAGUCCUCAAAAGACAUGGCCUGCUGCGGAGUAAUGGGCCACCAAUAUGGAAAAACAAACAUAACUGGACUUGAGCAUUGAAAAUGCACCACUGCAAUACUACCGCUGUCUACGUAAAUAUAUGUAUUUAUAUAAUGGCAUACGUCAUUCAUUUAUGUGUAUUGUUAAUAUAAUAUUAUUUUUUCAAUAAAUGCCUUAAACCGUUAUUAUAUAAGUCAAUUAUCUGCAUUUGCAACAUUUCUGACUAGGUCAAGGUCUGCAGCAUAUUUUUCUAUGAUACAGUAAAGCAGACCUCACAUACACUUGCACUCAUUGAUUGUGUUUAGUUUGAGUUCCCCUCCCCCUUUUAAAGGCGCACUCCAGCUAUUUAAAAAACAAACUUUUCCUGUUGAAAAACAAUAUCCCACGUAUAAAUACAGUAAUGUACACACACUUAAGGGUACAAAAAAAUAUGUUUUGAGCAAAUUAGUGUUUUUUAGACACAAGUGCAAACUUCAUGGAGUAGGCCAUUCGACGGGUUGGUCUGAUGGUGCCCUCUGAUGUCAUCGGCCUCCCCCCUUGCUUGUAGUAACAAUAGAGAACACCUGGACCACCUAUUUAUAUGUUUCUUUUGUUAAGUAAAUCAGGUGAUAAAUUAACUGAAAAUGAGACUGGAGUAGUAGUCUUCUCAAUCUUCAUGCCAAAAUAGUUCCAAGUUUGCACUAACUGUCUAUGCCUUGUAUAUUCAUGUAUCUAUUUUCAUGUAAAAAAAUAAACAUAUAUUUACAUAA